AUGGAGGAACAAGAAAUCGAACAAAAGAGUGCCCUUGAAUGCAAUGGCAUCUUAGAAGUCGAGGCUGGACUCCCAAAAAAAUCUGCCACUAGUGUUAUCAGAGGUGUCACAAUAGCCUUGGGAGUCAUCCGGGCUAAACAAGUGCUAGGCAAAGUUAACGGGGGCAGUGUUAAUCUUGCUCCCAAUUGCUUUUUCUCAUCUCUCUGCGUUCGUACCAGGAAGGAGCAUGGGAUGAGGAAGUGA